UUUGCGUACUACGUAAGCACGAAUUUUAUCACGUCGAACGCAUCAUUGAGAAAAAAAAAAAGUGUUCAUUGUAGCCUGCUAUUGUCCAAGCUACAAGAUAAACUAUCGCUCACUCAGUCCCCAAUGGAUCGGGCCUCAAAGCGCAGGCAGGUAAAGCCCCUGGCUGCCUCCCUUUUAGAUGUCCUGGACUACGACAGCUCGGACGACAGCGAUUUCGAAGUGGGAGACGCAGACGCCUCGGGGUCAGAGGGCACAGGCAACGGCAGCGACGAUGAAGGCUCCAAAGACAGCACCGGAGGCGUGGAGAGCGACUCGGACGCUGUCCCGUCUCCUGACGAAGAGGCCAUCGAUGAUGAAGAGACCAAAGAGCUUAAAGAAGAUGGGCAAGAAGAAGAGAAAGCCAUGGACCAGCCUUCCUCUGAGGAAAGCAGCAAAAAAGAGCCGUUGUUGAAAAAUCGCAAGAAAGUUGACAAGACCUCGGACACCGAGCCGAACGAGAGCAGUGUGGUCGAGGAAAGCCCUAAAAAGUGGAACCUCCGGAGAAACCGGCCUAUGUUGGACUUCACAACGAUGGAGCAGCUGAACGAGAUGGACGAUUAUGACAGCGAGGACGAUAACGACUGGAGGCCCACAUCAGUGAAGAAGAAGAACAAAGCAGGCGGGAAGGAGAAAGACGGGAGCGAGGACGAGGAAGGUGACGAAGGCAGCGCCGAAGAGGACGAUGAAGACGACGACGAAGACGAUGACACGAACGAUGACGAUAACAACAAGGACAACGAGGACGAUGAUGCCGAGAGCAGCAGCAGCAGCGACAGCGAAGCGGCAGCUAAAAAAGCGAAGAAGAAAGCGAGUAAGAACAGCGGCGCUUUUGACGAGGAGGAGACCAACGACAGCCACAGCACAUCUCAAGGGAAGGGAAAUGAGGACUCUUUGGUGGAGCGAGCUCAUUUGUGGAACUCGCAGCCGAUGGAGCACAUCCUGAUCUGCUGCGUCUGUCUUGGCGACAACAGCGAGGACACGGACGAGAUCAUCCAGUGCGACAACUGUGGGGUGACCGUGCAUGAAGGCUGCUACGGGGUUGAUGGCGAAAGCGACUCCAUCAUGAGCUCGGCCUCGGAGAACUCCACCGAACCGUGGUUCUGCGACGCCUGUAAAAACGGCGUGAUGCCCAGCUGUGAGCUCUGCCCCAAUCAGGACGGGAUCUUCAAGGAGACGGAUGCCGGGAGGUGGGUGCACGUUGUAUGCGCACUCUACGUUCCAGGCGUGGCAUUCGGAGACAUCGACAAGCUGCGGCCCGUAACGCUGACGGAAAUGAACUACACCAAAUACGGCGCCAAGGAGUGCAGUCUCUGCGAGGACGCCCGCUUCGCCCGCACCGGUGUGUGUAUCAGCUGCGAUGCAGGCAUGUGCCGAUCUUACUUUCACGUGACGUGUGCCCAGCGGGAAGGGCUUCUCUCCGAGGCUGCUGCAGAAGAGGACAUCGCCGACCCGUUCUUUGCCUACUGCAAGCAGCACGCCGACCGCUUCGACAGGAAGUGGAAGAGGAAGAACUACCUGGCGCUCCAGUCCUACUGCAAAGUGUCCCUACACGAGCGAGAGAGGCAGCUCACUCCUGAAGCUCAGGCGAGGAUCAGCGCGCGGCUGCAGCAGUACCGGGCGAAAGCCGAAGUGUCCCGGAACGCGCGUCCUCAAGCGUGGGUACCGCGCGAGAAGCUGCCGCGGCCGCUCACCUCGAGCGCCUCGGCCGUGCGGAAGCUCCUGCGGAAAGCCGAGCUCAUGGGCAUCAGUACGGACGUCUUUGCUACGGACACAGCGGACGCCAGCGCGAGCCUGGACGGGCGCCGGAAACACAAGCAGCCGGCGCUCACCGCCGAUUUUGUCAACUACUACCUUGAGCGGAACAUGAGGAUGAUCCAGAUCCAGGACAACAUCUUGGAGCAGAAGAACCUAAAAGACAAACUGGAGAGUGAGCAGGAGAAGCUGCACAUAGAGUACAACAAGCUCUGCGAGUCUCUAGAGGACCUGCAGAAUGUCAACGGGUUGCUGAGGACCGAAGGCCAGUCCAUGUGGAGCAUGUUUGGAAGCAUUCUCGGCCAGAAACUGAAUUCGCCAGCCGUUUUAAAGCCACCCAAAGAGAGAAAGCCGAGCAAGAAGGAAGGCGGAAGUCCAGGGAAGUCGUCCAGUCUCCCAGCUGUGCUCUACAGCUGUGGGAUCUGCAAGAAGAACCAGGACCAGCAUCUCUUGCUCCUGUGUGACACCUGCAAGCUGCACUACCACCUGGGCUGCCUGGAUCCACCUCUCACCCGCAUGCCUAAGAAGACCAAGAACAGCUACUGGCAGUGCUCCGAGUGCGACCAGGCCAGCAGCGACGAGGCAGACAUCGCCAUGGAGACGCUCCCCGAUGGCACCAAGAGGUCCAGGAGGCAAAUUAAGGGCCCGAUCAAGUUCAUCCCUCAGGAAAUGUCACCUGAGCCUAAAAAACUGCAACUGAGGGGCACGAGAACCCGGGGCCAGAAGAGGAAGAGGGUGUCUAUCUGCGAGGAAGAAAAGAUUGAGGAACCAGCGCCACGGGAACGCAGGCAGCGGCAGACAGUGCUGCAAAAAAAACCCAAAGCUGACGACACAAGGACGGAGUGUACCACCUGCAAAGGACCAGGAGACAACGAGAACCUUGUUAGGUGCGAUGAGUGUCAGCUGUGUUACCACUUCGGCUGCCUGGACCCUCCCUUGAAGAAGUCGCCUAAGCAGACAGGAUACGGCUGGAUCUGUCAGGAAUGCGACACCUCGUCGUCGAAGGAGGAAGAGGAAGCGCGUGAACCCGGAGCAGUGUGUGUGAACGAGGAAACUGAGCAAGAGAUCCCGGACUGAAUCACCUCACCGGCACUGUGUCCGUGCCGACACCCUGUUCGUUCCCCCCCUUUAAUUUCUCAGUCUGUUUUACAAGUUCUCUUGAAACAAUCCGUUCGUUCACUAUGAAGCAAUCCGCUUCUGGAUGGUUGCGAGUUCAAAAUCCCGGCAAAUCGACACAAUCCACAACACACCGCCUUGAGUAAAAGGAUUCCUGCUGUACCGAUAUGUCACUAUCCAGAGGAACCAGAUUGCUAACUAGCUACCAUAUCAACUUUUUUUCCCCCCAGGUACCUAUUUAGCCACGACGAAGUUUACAAACUAACGCUCUGGCUUCCCAGCAUCGUGCAUGCGUUUCCGCAGGCCGGAUGCUUAGCUGUGAAUGAAAUCCCGCAACCCUACACGAUUUGGCCUACAAACCUGAAGGCCGUCUGUCUCCUCUGUCCCAAACACUGCUGCUGAAAAAAAAUCGGACGAAUCUGCGAACUGCCGCAAAGAUCGACCGCUUCGAGGAAACAAUAUUUUCGUACACUACCGGCGCUAAUUCCGAAAUGUGAACAUCCUGUGUGAUAUAUUAUCAUGCGAUACUGAUGUGUUAGCAAUAUCGUUUCUUUUGUACAGAGAGAAAUGUACUAUUAUUAAAUAUUCUGUGUUAA